CGAACGACAGCCAGCAAGCCGUGCAGUCGAGCUGCACAAGGAGAGUGGAAUACACAGAGAGAGCGAGAAAGAGGGACAGAGAGAGAAAGAGAGAUACAGAUUUAUUCAGCAAUGGAGAGCAAACAGCCACCGCCAUACAGCGCAGUGCCGCCACUGCAGCCUGGCUAUACGCCCGCACAGACCUAUCAACCAUAUCCAGGCGGACCCACACAGCCACCGUUAUAUCCACCUAUGCCCCAGCCGCCCCAACAAUCCACCGUGAUCAUACAGACAACAACCACAUCAAAUUUGGUGCCCAUUGGCAGUGGACCGACACGCAUACGUUGCCCCUCCUGCCAUGCCGAGGUGGUGACAACAGUUAAGAGCACUCCCUCGGGCCGAACACAUUGCUGGGCAUUGAUACUCUGCCUGUUCGUCUGCUGGCCUUGUGUCUGUUUGCCCUACUGCAUGGAUUCCUGUCAGAAUGCCAAUCACUACUGCCCCAAUUGUAGCUCCUACAUUGGCACCUACGAGAACUAAGCACG